CAAGAUAUUUUUGGUAUGUAUGGUUGUGCGUAAGUUGGCUACUAUGACUUAUCGUUCUUCGGUAUAAGCAGUACUUCCUCCGUUUAGAAAUAGUUGCAUCACUUUGACUUUCACGUUUGCCAACGCACAACUUUGAUCGUUAAUAUAUCUGAUUAUUUAUUAGUAAAAAUAAUUUUUUUUUGAUAAUAUGCAAAAUAGACAUUGAGACUAAUCCAACCAUUUUUUUAUACUUCCUCCAUUUUUUUAUUAUUGCACCAUUUCCCUUUUUCGGAAGUUGCAUAUUAAUUGCACCAUUUCCUUUUUUAGUAAUUUUACUUACAUAAAAUGACAUUUUUAUCCUUAUAUGGGUGGUGGGGACCAAACCCCACUUGUUCUUUACCUAAAAACUUGUACUUAAUCACAUGGGUAUUUUUGUCACUCUCUCACCUUUUACCACAUUUCUUAAUUCUUGUGCCCAAUGUAAAUGGUGCAAUAAUAAAAAAAUGGAGGAAGUAUAAUAAUAUUUAUAUUUUAUAUAUGUGUAAAAAGAGAGUCAAAGUUAAUAUAUAAAUAGUGUAUAAAGUGAAAGUGAUGCAACUAUGGAAGUAUAACAGACCUGUAUUACACAUACUCAUACUCAUACUCAUACUCAUACUCAUACUCAUACUCAUACAUACAAACCCAAGUUAGUGAUUAGUGAAGGCGGCAUUCUUCACAUUUAUUAGUGUAAAAAAUAGGGCAAUGACGGAAUUGCAUGUGAUGAUUCUAGAUUUCUGGGUACAGAUAGAUGUUGCUGUUGCACCCUUUUAUCAACUUCAACUACUCCAAAUAUCAUUCUCAAUAAUUGUUCCGGUAUGAUUUGGGAACGGUUGGAGAUGUCUUGCUGGUUGAGUGCUGCUGUUAUCCUGAUGAUAUCCUGCGCAGAUAACAAAGAUGAACUAGCCUCGAGGGUGAUUCGAGGAUCCCCCCUCCGAUGCUAAAGUCAGAUAUGAUGAGUGAUAAGUAUUUUGGUUUUAGUGGAAAUGAUAGUGUUUGCGUACCUUUUGUCAUAAAUGAAGCCCAUAUAUAUAGGCGCGGGUCGGGCGUACGGACAAAUGGGUCCUACCCGAUUGAUAGCGACCCGUUGACCUCUUGGUUUGGUCACGUGCCUCCUCCCUACCGGCUUGUAAGAGAUGCUGGUAGGGAAUAAUAACUGCCGUUAAGGAUUAUUUGCCUUUAUCCUUAACAGUUUGGCGAUGCUACCAGCCAGCUGGUAGCAUACCCGUACAACUAGCCCCCUCAGAGUGAGCAUAUCUGUCUUGACGGAUGUGCUUGCUCUGAAAAUAGUGCUCUCCCUACAACUAGCCCCCUCAGACUGCGCGCUUUCCGCGAAAUGCUGGUGUGUUUAUGCGUUAAGUGCUGAUUAGCUUUCUCGUAGUGAAUACCACCUGUAAUUUCGCUGAAACUAAACAGAUAGGGUGUCCUGCUCCCUCUUACCGAUAUGCUCCUUUGGGGAUGCUUGGACGCUGACUAGUCCCCUUGAGAUUUUGGAUGCUGACUAGCCCCCUUGAGAUUUUGGAUGCUGACUAGCCCCCUUGAGGUUUUGGAUGCUGACUAGCCCCCUUGAGGUUUUGGAUGCUGACUAGCCCCCUUGAGAUUUUGGAAUUUUUUAGGAAGUAUUUUGAAUUUGUACCGCUUAAAUUUAUUCCACGUGUGAUGCAUCUGCGUGCUAUGCGACGCGUGUCGCUUUAUCAUUUUAUUUCAAUGGCUGAGAUUUGCUCUGUCCUUUCAACUUCCUUUAACUGUCAAAUCGCCCGUUUUCCUCGAUUUUUGACUAUUUAACUUUCUUUUCUUAAAACGUCAAAACACUUUCGCUCUUUUCUUCAAACUUUUCUCUCUCUUUCUCAAAUCUUCUCCUUUGUUCCUGUGAGUUAUUUUUUCGGCGCUGUUUCUGUUGCUGACUGUGGUGCUUGCGGAAGUGUUGUACCUCGGUUCUGGGCUGCUAAAUUUCCGUUGUGCGAGAAGGUAUAGUCUUUUUUGUUUUUGUUUCUUCCUUCGUAUAGGUUUAUAUUUGGGUGUAAUGUCGAGUGAGCGAGAUAGUGAUAAUGUGUUGAGUGGGGCUGGGUAUGACGAUGCUGACCCUGCGUCUACCUCUGAGGAUGUCAAUUUUGAGGAUGAUGAUAAACCGUCUGCCUCUGACUAUUUUGAGCCGUCUUACGAGGAUGCUGCAAAGGAAUUACAGGCUCAUAUGCGCAAACAGGAUGCCGUCAGGGGUGCCCAUCUAGAGGACGUGGCUGGUGGGAGCCGUCAGAUGGAUGAAGGGGAGGUUAGCAGUCGUGCUAACGAUGCUGCGGGGUCCGAUAACUCCGCCGGUAGCGGUGGGGGAGAGGAUGAGGAUAUAGGGGAUUCAAUUUUGGAGUCUGAUGAUGAUAUUGGCCAGUUGUGGGAUGAUGGUGAAGACGUGACCUCUCUAUGUGAGCAGGUUUUGAGAGAAGGGGAUCUGGAUGUGGAACCAGAUUCCGAUACGGAGGAGAUGAGCUACAGGGUUGAGAGUCCUCCUCCUGCUGGUAGUGCCGUUUACAAAGCUAAAAUAAUCAAAUCUUUCCGUGAUAGGGCUAUCAAAGACGACCAUCCGCGCUGGGCCAAAGAGUAUUUGAAACUGCCCAAAGGGUACCGUCUCGUGAUUCCUGCUGAGGGGAGUGUGAUUUUGGAUUGUCCUCCUGAUCAUAUCGGCGUGUAUGCCCAUCAUCUAGAUUUCGACCUCCGAUUUCCUCUUCAUCCUUUUAUAGAGAAGGUAUUCCGGGCUUGGAAUGUAUGUUUGGCGCAGGUAACGCCUCAGGUAGUGAGGAAUGUUGUGGCUUUUACCUGGCUGCUAUCUUUUAAACAAUGGCCCCAAACCAUUAACCUGUUUAGGCGGCUGAUUUGGUUGAAAAAGUACAAGAAGAAGUCUGGAUGGUGGUCUUUUUACACCAAGGCAAGUAAAAUGACAGUCAACCCCAAGCUGUCUAGCUGUAAAGAUUGGGAAAAGAAGUUCUACUGGUUGAGAGUGCCUUCUGAUUUCCCCAUUCGGACUCGCUUUCAUCUCCCCCGUCCUCAUAUGAACCAUUACCCCAUUCGGGAGUUGGGUUUCAGGGAGAAAAGGGCCCGUCAGUUUGUGUCAUGUUUGCAUGUUGACACCGGUUUGCAGAAGUCUGUGACCGUUCCUAAGUACUGGUUGCCUCCUGCUAAGUAUAUUUUGGGAAAUGGGCCGCUGUCUGCAGUUGGCUUGUGCCACACCCAUACUCUUGGUAUGAUCGUGGGGCUGAUAGCUAUAUCCCCCUCUUAUAUUGUUUAAAGUAUGCUUUUCUUGUUUUGUAUGUAAUGUUGUUUGUCUGUUUUUUAAAAAAAAUUUGCUUGUUUUUUCUUACCAGGCCUGCA